AUGGCAACCCUAACCACCACCCCUUCUAGCACAAGCACCAAUAACGUCAACUGCAAUUCUUACACUCCUGGUAAAACACUUCCAACAACCUGCACAUCAACUGCCAUACACGAGGUCCCUACAAAGGAUCCUUUGAUCAGCACCACUGCACAGAAUGUGGUAUGCAUGGCUGAGAUAUAUUCAGGACAGCGAUGGGAAGAAACUCUGAUGGGCCAUACAGCAACUACACAGUGUCUUGAUAAUCCAUACGAAAUCAUUACACGAUUUUGCUGGACAUCUGGGAUAUGGGCGGAGCCAGACAUCCACGCAUGCGCCAUACCUCCAAUUGGACAGCAACUUGAAAACUUGAUAUUGGUAUCCUACCAAUCGACCAUUCAACCACGUGAUCUGCCUCGACUGGCCUAUCGCCUGUCACGAUCUGCCGAGGAGCUCAGUUCCAAUUAUGACGUCACCGAAGGGAGUAGCCUAUUGCAUGCAUACGUGGAAGCCAUGCAGAUCCUAUCGGAGUUACCGAGUCGGGUGGAUGGAUGUGUGUUUGAACUUCAACUUGAGUAUGCAAAUCUAUUCCUGCAAGCAGUCGAUGCUCUUCUUCUCGGGGUAAACAUCGAAAAAUGGCGCCAAGCACCUGAUGCUGGAGAAGAAGCUGUUAAACUAAUCGAAGCCAUUGAUACCUUUGCAGCAAGAACUUCAAGCAAUGAAUGUCAUCUCACCCUCAACCCUUCAGGCACCAUGAAAACAUUUGAGGGAAUCUACCAGAAUAUAGUUUUCACAAAGAUGCAAUUCGAGACGGGUUUCUAUGAAGGUGGUAGAUACAAGGGAGGCGAUGCUGAAAUAGAUAUUACCUCUGGUUUCUAUGACCUCAAUUACGUGGCCAAUGAUACAGUGACCCUGGUAAUAGCUUUUUACCCAACUAUUGCUGAUUUGGUGGCGCAGAUUCUAACAGAAGCUGGCCAAAGCAUAUCAAGAAUACAUUCAACAAUAGUAACCGCAUCGACCAUACAUCAGAGCACGAGUGAUUUUACCAACCGAUUCAGCUCUCCAUUCUGCAUGACAUUUAAACAGGAACAAAAUGGAAGCUGGCAGUGUGCAUUCAUUGCAAGAGCGGCUACUGGUAAGUCUGAGUGGUCAACAGAUGGUUGUUGGCUGGAGACGAAGAUCAACCACUCUACAAAAUGUUGCUGCGACCACAUGACAAUCUUUGCACUUCUAGAAUUAGAACAGGCCACGCCUUCCACCGGCGUUGACGUCAUCCAUGUUGCCUUGUUAGGGGUAGCAUGUUUCAUUCUCGUCGUAGACAUUCUACUGCAUUUUGUUUUCAGAUACAUUGAUAGCGGAAUAGUCUGUGCUCAUGUUUCGCAGGAUGUAGCCAGUAUCUUGGCUUUCACAUUUAUCAUCCUGCCAUCUAUUAAAAUAUUUACUGGGGUGACAUGUAACAUAAUGGCUGGUCUGACGUACUACGGAAUCAUCUGCCAAUUCUUCAAGAACGUAGAGGGCGCAAUAUAUCUUUGUGUGAAGUUGUCCACAAGGGGAGGCCAGAAUGCAGUGCGCUAUUGGCUUUGGCAAAUUAUUGGAUGGAUAUCUCCUCUUCUACCGAUUGGUGUAUCUCUCGCAUUCUGGAUCGAUGAUUUUGGGGGCCAAGAUGGUCACUGUUGGCUGCAAGGGAAUGCGCAGGUAUCAGCAAUCGUUACUACUUCAUUGGUAGCUAUGGCCAAUAUUUGUUUGUUGGUCGGACUUCACCCUCAUCUGCGAAAAUCACGAAAAACAUUUCCAAGAGGCUACUUCAGGAGACGAUCUUACAAGAAAGGAAUAAGGUCUGAGAUACUGUGUAACAUCCUUUGUCUCGUAGUGUUGAUUCUAUGCUGGACAUGUGGUCUGGUCUAUCUAACGAGAGUCACGUCGACUCCCUUACGAUAUACCUACUCUGCGUUGGCAAUAACACAGAGUUUGGGGUUCGUUGUCGCUCAUAACUUUAUCUGUUCUCAAAUGAAAACUGCCUUCAAACAUGCCUCCACUAUCUCGAGAGAGAAUUGGAGACAGCAGACUGCAACAUCGGGACCGACCUCAACGUCUGCUUCUCAGAUCCGACCUUGUGAGAGGGAUGUUAUCGUAAAACAUCACGAUAAAAAGCCGAGGAAGAGCCACGUGACCAAGUGGGAAGAUACCCAGAGCCGUAUCAAAUCCGACGUAACGACCAGUGCCAGCUCUGCAUUCAGAUGGCGAAUAGAAAAUUGGAGACGGCGAACAAACCUGAGCAGUACGGAUCAGAGUCGAAGAACAAUGUCUACAUCCAUUGGCACCGACUCCAGACGUCUCGGCAGUGGCUCCGCUCAACCUCGAGAUAGAAUGGACACAUUGUCUAUACCCAUAGAAGAAAGUGACCUUGACCUUGAACUCACAAGGUCACUGACAAAGUCAACCUCUAGGUCUGGUCACGCGGGGAAUCACAUUGGGAGUAUUGUCGAAACAGAGAGAAGUUUCAGGAAGGGUAACAUUGUCCUAGAGCACCUGAGACUAGAACCAAUCAAGCAGGUCUCUUUGGUCGGCAACGAUUCCCUGAUAAAAGAACAGGGUGGAGGAUUUUUGAAUAGCAGGCAGAGCUCAAGGAAGCUAUCUUCCACAGAUCGAUCUUUGAUCCGACCUCGUCCUUACGAUCAUGACGUUGGUACGGUGGACGGAUGGUCGCAGACAGGCAGGAAACGUGCCAAAAAUACCAAACUAGUUUAUCCACCAGUGGGAUCAGUGUCACAGAUGAAUCCAGAAUACAGUGAUAACCUACAUGAUUCUCGCACCCCCUAUUGUGUGAGAUAUAAAAAAAGGACGAGCAGAAGUUCUCAUACCCCCAGCACCCAUUCUCAAAGAGAGGAUACAAGCAGAGUGGCAAAAAAGCAUAAUAUGGCAAGGCGGCAUAGAUCUACGCUGGACGGUGAAUAUCAACAUUCCCAUUCUACGCAACGAGAAUCCAGAGAACAAUCUUGGAAUAAUCCUCAGUAUCAAAGGUGCAUAGAACACAAGGACAGCAUCGAGGAAAAUCGAGAACUAUAUAAUAUCAGUAGCAUGGCAAUUUCUGGAAAGCUAAACCCUCUAUAUCCAACAGGUGUUCAUGAAUAUUCCGAAGUUUUCCAUCGUCCAGAUGGCACGAAGUAUAAACAUUCUGCAGGAAAUACGCAAGGUGAGGAUGAUAUUGGCGUUACUUCGCCAUAUGAAGCAUUAUUUUCCCGAGAUUCGAGAAAGGCUCUACAGGAAUCCUCGAAGACCUCUGACAAAAGAAAAGAGAUGGACAAGAAAAGAAAGACUGAAAUAGGUAGUGCAAGUCCGCAAGACGAGUCAAUGGUUCUUUCGUAUGAACCACAUGGAAGUCACAUGUCUCAUGGUUUACCCGUACCUGGAGAAGAACAUGCACCAAGAGCAGAAAUGUCAUCGAACGAGAGAAAAGCUAGGAAAAGAUCUAGAAGGAAGAAGAAAAAGAAGUCCCAACUAUCACAAGGACAGUUGUAAUGAAACUCAGUGCAGAGCGAAUUCAUGAAAUGCAUGAACAAUUCUGAGGAAGCGACGGCUCAUGCUUAAUCCCAUAA